UCGUGUUCCCGCGAGUCAUCUGAACCGAUCCCCUCCUGGACAGCUAGCGAUUAUAUAACUCCCCUCUCAAUUCACAAUUCACACAGAAUCCGAAACGCUUUUCCGCAGCACUCUACGAUCGAUCACGCGCUAAUCAAGAAGGUCCGCGCAAAUGGAGAGGUUGACCUUCGGCUUCGAAAGCUUCAAGAAAGACGUCUACGAGAAAAAACCAGAGUUGUUCUCGCAGUUGGCACAGGGACAAAGCCCCAAGUACAUGGUGUUCGCAUGCUCGGACUCGCGCGUGUGCCCGUCGGUGGUGCUCGGGUUCCAGCCCGGCGAGGCCUUCAUCGUCCGCAACAUCGCCGCCAUGGUUCCUCCCUAUUGCCAAAAAAGGUACUCUGGCGCUGGGGCAGCCAUUGAAUAUGCCGUCCUGCAUCUCAAGGUGGAGAACAUUGUGGUGAUUGGCCACAGCUGCUGCGGUGGGAUCAAGGGACUCAUGUCCAUCAAAGACGACGGCACUACCACAACUGACUUCAUUGAGGAGUGGGUGAAAGUUUGUUUGCCAGCGAAGGAGAAAGUGCAGGGAGAAUUCGCGUCCUUGGCUUUUGCUGAACAGUGCACGGAGUGCGAAAAGGCGGCUGUGAAGGUCUCCCUGGAGAACCUGAAGACCUACCCGUUCGUGAAGGACGCAGUGGAGAAGGGCUCGUUGAGGCUGAUCGGGGCACACUACGACUUUGUGAAUGGCAAAUUCGAGAUUUGGUGAAUCGAUUCAUUAGCGGUAAUUAUAUUAUUAUAUGGUCAUAAAUUUCAUGGCAGAAUCAAAUAAGAUUCCGGAAUUUGUUGCAUGACUUUUGCUACUAAAGUCUCCAAUAUUGUAUAAAUUUGGGUUUCGUACUUUUGUAUGUUGCUUUCGCAUUCAGUUUGGAAGAAUCAAUAAAUUGAGUGAACUUGAAGUUCUGCA